UGGCAGGCCUUCACCGCAGCCCUGUGCGCCGAAGAGCCCACGCUGGAGGGGCCGGAGGGGACCCUGGCUGUCAAACCACGUCUGCUGCUGCUCCCCGUUGUGUGCCAGAGAAACCUCUUCUCCCUGCUCCUCGUGGUGCAAGCCAUGGUGCCGGGGAGCUGCCUCAGCCAGCUGCUCCAGGCCAUGGAGGAGGAUUCCCAUGUAGAUCCCUGGGUGCAGACGCUGGGGGAUCUGCUCCGGCAAGGACCGAGGGGAGAGGAGUGUUCCCCACCUCCCGUUCCCUUGUCUUCCGCAUGCCAACAGCAGCUUAGGUGUCUGUGCCGGAAGAUUGCCCAGAACAAACCAGAGGGGCGAAGAAAAUUGAACUGGUGCUUCAGCAAGCAGCCCAGUGCUGCUGGGGACGUGGCUGACUCUGUGCUUCAAGGUGGGAAGCGCAAGAAAGUGUCGGAGGAGAGCCUGGAGUUGGAUGGGGAGAGAGAGGGGAAGAGGUUGCUGCUGGAGGAGGCGGCGAUGUUUGACCCUCCAGGAGCCCAGGAGGGUGGGGAUGUGGCAGAGGUGGAAGAGGAGGUGCCUGGGGAGACUUCAGGGGACAGAUCUGCUCAGAGCCUGGCCGGAGCUGUUCUGGAAAGCUCCCAGCAGGAUGCGACCGUGGAGACCAGGAAGAUUUCUCAGGCAGAGCUGGCAGCCGAUGUCCAGUCCUUUCUCCAGGUGCAUGGACCGAGGCUGAAAAUGCUGCUGCAGAAGGAGUCCAACCACUCAGAGCUGAGCAUCCCGCCCGAGCUGCACGUCCUGAACAACUGCUCUCCCGGCCAGCUCGAGGGGCUGUGCUCCUUCCUCCAGCUCUCCACGUGCCCAGAGCACCUCCUGGUGUGUUUCUGCAGCUGGCUGCUGGCUCUCACCCCCGACCUCAGCUACACCAGCGCAGCCAUCCUGGCAGAGCAGCUCUUUCUCAGGCGAGUCCUGUCCCUCACCCAGCCGCCCUCCCGCCACCUCAUGGCUGCCCUCGCUUCAUUUUGCUCCAAGUAUUCCCAGCCCUUCUGUCGAAUCCUGGUGGCUGCGGUCCUGCGGGAGCCGGGGGAAGGUGCUGAGCAGACCAAGCUGGUGUGUGAGCUUGUGGAGGAGUGCCUGGAGCCAGACUGUGUGAGACUGGUGCUAAGCCAGGUCCUGGAGGUGCCUUUGUCAGAGAAGCUCCUGCCAGUGGUGCAGGCCGUGCUGGGGCGGCAGGAGGUGCUGCCCCCUGAGCAAUUCGAUCUCCUGGUCCUGACUCUAUGCCGGCAGGCCCCAGCCUUCGCCACGUCACUGAAUUAUGCCAAGCUGGUGACGGCCGUGCUCACCAUGUACCAAAGCCAGGUCACCCCAGCCCACCGCAGCUGUCUGGCUGCCGCUCUGGAUCGGAGCAAUGCGGCUCUGAAGAAAUCGCUGCAGGCUGUGCUGGAAGGAGCCAGAUGCGGUCGCUCUCCCCUCCGGGGAGACUCUGCCGCCUGCAGCUUGCACCGCGUGGGGCCCUGGCACCCCCCGACCCACCGUCUGCCGGCCGCGCCGCAUCCCCUGAACCCCCUUCCCGGGUCUGCCGGGGACCCGACAGCACCGAGUGCCAGGUCCGAGCUGGGUGGCCCCAGCAUCUGCCUUCGGCUGCUUGAGUUCAGGCAGGUGUGCUGGUCCUGGAGCCUCCGCGCUUUGCAAAUGAAGCCGCUCGCAGGGACCUCGCUGGGAGAAGGGGAAGAGGAGGCGCAGGGACUCGCCCAGGGGUGCCGACGGCGGCAGCGGCAGAGGACGAGCUGCCGACCCAGCCCCUCACCUCGGAGGGAGCAGCAGGCAGAGCUGGCUGGACUCCCCGUGUCUCCGGAUGAAGGGAGGAUGAGCAGUCCCCAAGGGCACCCAGGUGGGGUUUUGGCCGGGAGCAAGCAGAUUGUGGAGCGCGUUGGUGAGGUGCCAGGCACGGAUAGGCAGGAGCUGGCUGUGCGCACCGGGGACAGUGACGAGACCGAGGAAGAUGCAGAAACCCCGGAGGAGCUGCUGCUGAGUUUCCCCAGCGAGCUCUCGGUGCUGGAGAGACUAGGCUUGCACAAGGUGGCUUUGACGGAGCAGGACGUGGAGGCAGCCUUUGCCCACCUCGCCCUGGCUUUUCGCUGCGAUGUGUUCACCCUGCGGCAACGGGUGCAGGUGGAGAAACAGGCACGGGAUGCGGCAGAGGAAAACAUCCAGGAGGAGCUGGGGCAGUGCCGGGCUGCACUGGAGGAGGCCCGGAUGAGCCGAGCAGCAGAAGUGAUGGUCCAGCACGUGGAGAACUUGAAGAGGCACCACAUGCGGGAGCACGCAGAGCUGGAGGAGAUGAAGCGCCUGAUCCAGCAAAACUCCCGCAACCGGCAGCUGGCAGAGACCCAGGGGGAGGUGGGCUCUGCCGCCGGGGCCCGCGUGGGGCUCAAGAGGAGCGAGCUGGACCUGCAGGGCCAGGGCAGCGCCGUGACCAGGGAGCCGGCGGCCGAGGCAGAAGGCAGAGGCUCAAAUGCAGAGGACGAGGAGCCGGAGCAGUUUGGGCUGAC